CAUUUUAAAACACAAAGCUUCUAAAGAUUUUAAAUGUGCCCAUUGUGAUUAUGAAACAAAUAAUAAACGGUGCUUUAAAGGACACCUUUUAAAACAUAAAGCUUCUAAAGAUUUUAAAUGCGCCCAUUGCGAUUAUGAGACACAUAACAAAUUCUGUCUUAAACGUCACCUUUUAAACCACACAAAACAAGGAACAAAUUUCUCCUUGAGUUAAAUAUUAAUUUUGUAGUGGUGGCUUAAUGACAUUUAGCAACAUUUAAAAUAUUGGCUAAAUGUUAGAAUAUUUGAGUGUAGGUAUCGAUUGUUUCCGAGCAAGACAUAAAAAUAGAGAUGCCUUGGGCAUUUAUAUAUUUAAUAUUUAUAUAAACAAAACAUGAAUAGAAAAAACCUACACUACUGAGUUUGUGCUCUUACAUUGGUUCAAAGCAAACGCAAAAAAUUUCUUGCUCGGAGACUCUUCGGAUUUUUUUAACUUUCAGCUGUUGAGAUAUUCUAGAGUUAAAAAUAGAACUUUGAUUAUUUGUGGAAACUGUAAUAAAAUCAAUGUAUGUAUAAACGAUGUUUUAAAGUGCACACGUGCAACAGGUUCUGAUUUCUUCGAUAGUUCGUUGUCACUCUUUCGGCUGUGGCAGUCUCCUGGACAAAUGCCCGAAAUAAUUGUUGCAGUUGAAACACUUCGGUUCACCUUUGUCGGAAACCGCUUCGGUAUUACCACUUCUGAAUUUUUAGGCGAUGGCCUGAUGGCCGUUAAUUAUGAAUUUUAGAAAAACACAAAAUAGCAUUUAUUGAAAUACAUGCGCCCAUUCACUAACUCCAAUCUUAUUCUUCACUAAAGACAAAAGAUUUAAUUGUAAUUUUGGGGAUACAAUAAAAAAUAAAACCCAUUGAUACGCCACUGGAAUGAAACGCUAAUUAACCGAGUCGGGAUAUGACCUACCUCUUUACUUGAGCCACAACGACAGCUUUGUUUUCGUUUGCAUUUAGAGAAGAGAAAGGCUGCCUAUUGAUAAGUUGUGACUGAACAAAAACGUAAUUGUAACGCAUACUAGAUAUGGACGGAAAUGAUGUCAUAUCACUCAUUAAAAUUGAACCAAAACAAGAAGAAGAAAUCCAUUUGGAUCUUCAAGGAAAAAUUUUAGUGAGCAACGAAGCAUUGGUUAAAAUAAAGUAUGAAAUUACCAGUUACGUACAGUGCUCCACAUCACUUGAUACUGGAGAAGUACCACAACAAAUUUCCAGGGAUUUGGAAUAUGACUUCGGUCUACACACAACCAAUAGUUAUUGUGAUUAUCGUACAAAGAAUAAACAGUUGCUUCAAGAGAACAAACCUAAUGUGCUACAAUGUGCUAAUUGUGAUUAUAAGACAAAUAGUAAACCCAACUUUAAACGACACCUUUUAAAGCAUAAAGUUUCUACAGAUUUUAAAUGUGCCGAGUGUCAUUAUGAGACCAAUUACAAGAAGAACUUUAAACAACACCUGUUAAAGCAUAUCGAUUCUAAAGAUUUUAAAUGUGCCAGUUGUGAAUACAAGACCAAUAACAAAUAUCACUUUAAACGUCACCUUUUAAUACAUGCCGAUUCUAAAGAUUUUAAAUGUGUUCAUUGUGAUUAUGAGACAAAUAACAAAUACAGCUUUAAACAACACCUGUUAAAACAUAGAGAUACUAAAGAUUUUAAAUGUGCUCAUUGUGAUUACGAGACAAGUUGCAACAAGUACUUUAAACGACACCUUUUAAAUCAUACUGAUUCCAAAGAUUUUAAAUGUGCUAAUUGUGAUUACGAGACAAAUCACAAAACGAACUUUAAACAACACCUUUUAAAGCAUAUCGAUUCUAAAGGUUUUAAAUGUGCUAUUUGUGAUUACGAGACAAAUAAAAAAAGCCACUUUAACCGACACCUUUUGACACAUAAGGACUCUAAAGAUUUUAAAUGUGUUCAUUGUGAUUAUGAGACAAAUGACAAAUACUACUUUAAACAACACGUUUUAAAUCACAUCGAUUCUAAACAUUUUAAAUGUGCUAUUUGUGAUUUUGGGACAAAUAUCAAAAAGAACUUUAAAGAACACCUUUCAAAUCACACCACUUCUAAAGAUUUCAAAUGUGCUCAUUGUUAUUACGCGACAAAUAACAAAUACUGCUUUAAACAGCACCUUUUAAAACAUAUCGAUUCUAAAGAUUUGAAAUGUGCUAAUUGUGAUUAUGAGACAAAUAAUAAAUUCUGCUUUAAACAACACCUGUUAAAACACAUCACUUCUAAAGAUUUUAAAUGUACUAAUUGCGAUUACGUGACAAGUAACAAAUACUGCUUUAAACAACACCUUUCAAAACAUGUAGAUUCUAAAGAUCUUAAAUGUGCUAAUUGUGAUUACAAGACAAAUAACAAAAACAGCUUUAAACGACAUGCUUUAAAACAUAUCGCCGUUAAAGACUUUAAAUGUGCUCAUUGUGAUUAUGGAACAAAUAAUAAACAAUGUCUUGAAGUGCACAUUUUAACACACAAUCUUUCUAGUAAUGUGCUAAAAUGUGCUAAUUGUGAUUAUGAGACAAAUAACAAAAAGUACUUUAAACGACACCUUUUAAAACACAUCGAUUCUAAAAAUUUUAAAUGUUUUCAAUGUAAUUACGAGACGAAUUACAAAAAGGAUUUUAAAGUACACCUUUUAAAACAUAUCGAUUCCAAAGAUUUUAAAUGUGCUAAGUGUAAUUACGAGACGAAUUACAAAAGAAAUUUUAAAUCACACCUUUUAAGACAUUUGGAUUCUAAAGAUUUUAAAUGUGCUUAUUGUGAUUUUGAAACAAACAACAAAUACUAUUUCAAACAACACCUUUUAAAGCAUUCCAAUUCUAAAGACUUUAAAUGUGCUAAAUGUAAUUACGAGACUAAUUCCAAAAAUAAUUUUAAAUCACAUCUUUUAAGACAUUUGGAUUCUAAAGAUUUUAAAUGUGCUCAUUGUGAUUUUGAGACAAAUGACAAAUACUACUUAAAAAAACACCUUUUAAAACAUAAAGGUUCUAAAUAUUUUAAAUGUACUCUUUGCAAUUAUGAGACACAUAUCAAAUACGGUCUUAAACAACAUCUUUUGAAACAUAAAGUUACCAAAGACUUUAAAUGUGCUCAUUGCGAUUAUGAGACACAUUACAAGUUCUGUCUUAUAAAACACCUUCCAACGCACACAAACAAAGUUAAUAUGUAAUUCUGUAGUGUAGGGAGAGAGGGAGAGGUCUAUGUGUCCUAACUUCAUUAUUUGUAGAAUAUGAAUAUGUAAAUAAGUAAAUAAAUAAAUGUAUUUCAAAGAUAUUCCGCACAC